GCUUGGUCACACACACACAACAGAGUAAGAGAGAGAGAGCGCCAGGGGAGGUCUGACAACAUGCUGUAGACUACAUCUUCAUGGACCCUGUCUUGCUUUCUUCAUAACUGCACAGCUGCAUUUUACAUGCAUGUGGUCCCAGCGCAACCCACAUGUGAAGUUUCUCAAGGCUUCAGCUUUUCCCCAGAAGACCAACUCUUUAUUAAAUCUUUACGGGACAGGAAGUGUUUGGUGAGUGACAACAUCAACGAUGACCUCCAGGCAUCCUCUUCCCCAACAGUCCUGUAUGGACAUGAUCGCCACGUGCCCCAGGGCGCCCAGACAUCUCUGCUCAUACUGAUUCCACCUGAUCUUGGAAUUAAGGGACAGAGCGCCAAAGACCCCUUGAACGAACUUGACCUGCUGCUUUGAUAUUAGUGACCCCCAGCUCGUGCCAUGCGGUGGAGUUGGUUCUUCUGCCGCUGUGCAUCUCUGGCAGCAUUGCUGGUGGUGGCAGACUGCGCAGGGGGUGAGCAGAAAAGAGGAGCUGAAGAGGGAACACGAAGCUCCACGGCCAAAACAGGCAGCAACGGCAGCGGUCGGAAAUAUCAUCGGGUCCAACACGGACAGUGCAGCUACACUUUUAUUCUUCCAGAAAGUGACGGAAGCACCGGGACUUCUUGUCGAGAGUUUAAAGCCGGCGCUCAGUACAAUGCCAACGCUCUGCAGCGGGACUCUCCUCAACCUGAGACGGACUUCUCCAACCAGAAGAUCCAGCAGCUGGAACAUGUCAUGGAGAACUACACACAGUGGUUGCAAAAGAUUGAGAACUACAUCAAAGAGAGCAUGAAAACAGAGAUGGUCCAGUUACAACAGAGUGCUGUUCAUAACCACACAGCGGCAAUGUUGGAGAUGGGCACCAGUCUUUUAUCCCAGACAGCGGAGCAGACACGCAAGUUAACCGAUGUCGAGACGCAGGUUUUAAAUCAGACAUCACGGUUGGAAAUUCAGCUUCUGGAGAAUUCACUGUCCACCAACAAGCUGGAGAAACAACUCAUGGUUCAGAUCAAUGAAAUCAACAAGAUCCAUGACAAAAAUGGGUUUCUGGAGCUGAAAAUGCAGGAGUUGGAGGACAGGCACAGAGAGGAGCUGGAGGCUCUGCGGGAGGAGAAGAGCUCCCUGCAGGUUCUGGUUAGCAGACAGAGUUCAGUGAUCCGCGAGCUGGAAGCUCAGCUGAGUCGAGCGACCGGUAACAGCACGGCCCUGCAGAAACAACAGCAAGACCUGAUGGAGACCGUACGAAACCUGCUCGGCCUCUGCGCCAAGGAUGGAGGUACAGCAUUGGUCCCAAACAGCACAAAACAAGCUGAUGAAGAGCGGAAGUACCGGGACUGUACAGAACUCUACCAAGCUGGUUUCCAGAAGAAUGGAGUUUACACCAUCAAUAUCGGCCCACUAGAGACUAAAAGGGUGUACUGCAACAUGGAGUCCGCUGGGGGCGGCUGGACCGUGAUCCAUAGACGUGAGGACGGUACUGUGGACUUCCAGAGGACAUGGAAAGAAUAUAAAAUGGGCUUUGGGAGCGUGUCAGCCGAACACUGGCUGGGAAAUGAGUUUGUGUACAUUCUGACCAAUCAGAGGCAGUACGCGCUCCGUGUGGAGCUGACCGACUGGGACGGACAUCAAGCCUUCUCUCAGUACGACAGUUUCCACAUCGGCAGUGAAAAAAACAACUACAGUUUAUUCCUAAAGAGCCACAGCGGGACUGCGGGCAGGCAGAGCAGUCUGGUGAUUCACGGCGCUGACUUUAGCACUAAAGACAUGGACAACGAUAACUGCACGUGCAAAUGUGCGCUGAUGCUGAGCGGAGGAUGGUGGUACGAUGCCUGCGGCCCUUCCAACCUGAACGGCGUGUACUACAGACAAGGACAGCACGUCGGAAAAUUCAACGGAAUCAAGUGGCACUACUUCAAAGGGCCCAGCUAUUCUCUCCGUGCCACCGCCAUGAUGAUCCGACCGGUCGACUUCUCAUAGUCCUCCCAAUAACCCAAAAGCCCUUCGGGCCCAUUUUGGAGAGCAGUUUUUGACUUCUGACUUCCUGGCCCAUGACAGUAUCAAGUAACGCUGUGUAAGUGGACAGCUAUUUGCCACCUGGAUAACUUGGGAUUCUUUCGAGAUAACACCUUUCCAGGAAACAGCAAUCCUGUGAAUAGAAGUCAUCCUCGUUGUGGGACUCCACAGGAGACGGUGUGCUCUCUGGGAAUCUGGGGCGGGAGCUGACUCGGCUGGUCUUUAUUUUUAAAUAUCAGAGGUAUGAAUUCAAGUGCCAUUCACUUGCCACUCAGGACGUGUGGACUGCUGAAGCAAGCACAUCACCUUUGAUGGUAGCAGACUGCGCCUACCGUCCCCCAUGUUUGGCCUCCAAGUGAAUUUUAACAACUUGAAUGUCCUUCAAUAUCCUAAAGGGACCUAAUCAUUUUUUAAUACAAACGUGUUGCACAAUUAUAUUCGGGUUGUGAUACUUCACAUUGUUAUGCCUUUUUUAUCCCAGUGUAUUAUUAAUAUUUUAUUUUGUGCAUUAUUCCUGUCAACGUGAAGAAAACCAUAGCAUGCCGUAUUAAAAGGUCACUCGCAAUACUAUUUACAAGGAACCUUUGUGGAGUGCUAGUGCCAGAAACAGCCCGUUGGCAAAGAGUGGCAUACCCAUCCUACAGCAUGACUUUAUUGAGUGCAAACCGCCAUAUUAUUACUGGCUUUGAACUGUAAGGACCUUAAAGUGCAUCAUAACUUGGCAUCAGCACGCGAAUGCAUGCCAAAGAUCACAUCUAUUAAAGACAAUACUGAGACAAUAUUUGUCUUUACAACAGAUGGAGAAAAGCCAAUUACAUUCAGGAUGGCUAAUGCAGUAUAAUGCAAAUAACAACAGUCUAUUAUGUUUUCAUUGGAAUUCAUACCAUAUUGUUUUAUGUAAAUUUGUUAUAUUAAUGUUUUGCAUAUGUCAGUUUUGUACCAUGUAGUUCUCUUUCGAAAGCAGCUUUUUUGUCUGUCCGACAAGCUUGGAUUUUCAUUUUUAUUUACUCUGUAAGGUUUGAAGGAUGUCAGGUAAGCGCUUGAGCUUAUGUUUAUUUUUGUUUUUAGCAGUCCACGACUUAUCACUUUACAAUGUACAUGCAUUCUGUUUUAACAGUGGUACAGAGUUUGUUUUGAUUUAUGUAAAACAUUAUUUUCUAUUGUACUUUUGAGUAGAAUAUUGGUGGGAUUGCAAACAUACUGUAUGUUAUUUUUAGCCUGCCAACUACCAUCACAAUAUAUCUAACAGCAUCUUAAGUCACAAGAUCUUGUUGGAGGAUUUACUUCGUUCUGUCUUUUAUCAAAAAACACCCUUCUAGUCCUUCACAGAAGGACAUUAUUUUACUGUACGACUACUGUCUGCCAACAUUUAACUACUACCAGCAUGGAGCAUUUUGCUGGAAACAAGUACUUCUAAUCUAUAUACAUAAACUCUUUGGAUUGAAAAAGUGCAGAGUGGCAUGUUUUAGUUUUUUUUUCACAUUAAAUAAUCUUAAAUUGGUAUGUUCAAAGUGGCUUUCUAGAGGAACGCACCUGAGCCUGAAUCAAUGUUCUGAAUAAUAAAAACACAUUGCUGUAAAUAACAUUUAUAGUAUGGACUGCUUACAAAAACUUUGUACCUCAAUAAAAUGUUACAUUUGCAAUGCUAUUUAAACAUCAUCCUUUGUAACAAUGUUUCAAAUAAAAAAACA